CAACAUUUCCAGUCCACGCCCGUCAAACAACAGUUCACAGCUUCCGACAGCGACUCCGACCGUUGAAAGCAGCGGACCGAGUCUUUGUACAUCACUACCAGCACUGCCACGUUCUCCAUCUCAACAACCCAAGGCCCAAGACGACCUCCUCCUCGCCGCCGGGAUCCGUCUGCACCCCCAGUCCCAGCCGCCACAGCAUGUCAAGCCAACCGGCCACCACCACUACCAUCCCCAGCACAACCGGAUCCAACGCCUCCAGCGCAGACGACAGGACCAUCUACGAGCUAACGUUCUACUCGCCGGUGGAGAACACGCAGGCGUGCCUGGAGGCGCUCUGGGCCACGGGGGCGGGGACCUGGCCCAACAGCCCCAACGGCGGCGUCGGGGACAAGGACAACCAGAACGGCAGCGAGGAGGAGCCGGCGAAGUACACUGACACGGCCUUCAUCUGCCGUGGGACAGGCCAGUUCAAGCCGUCGGCCGCGGCGAACCCGCACAUCGGCAGGGCCGGCCAGGUCGAGUACGUCGAGGAGGACAAGGUCGAGAUGGUGGUCGUGGGCACGCGGCGGUGCAAGGACGCCGUGCGCGAGUUGAGAAGGGCCCAUCCGUACGAGGUCGUCGCGCUGUUCGUGACCAAGUGCGAGGACUUUUGAUCUCUGAUCGACACGGGAGAGGCGCGCAGGGAUCCGGAGAGUCAACGAGAGGGGAAGGGACGGGAUGGAAAGGGGGAUUGUGAUGCUACACGUUAGCACACACAGAGCUACAGAGCGUGCUCGCUGUUGAAUUGGUCUUCUUAGUCCUUCGAGGACCUGGAAAGCAAAAUAUGGCCAGUUCAAUUCCUUUUCAAACGGAUUUUCAAUUGGGUUUCUUGUGGUAUCUAGUUUUCACAACUUUGCCUUCCGGGAUACAAGAGAAAAGGAGAAAGACCAACGCCCUUUUGCAUGUCCGGCCUGAUUUUCCUCCCCAGGCCGAGCACGUCUAGAUGCUUGUAAUCAAGUCCUCAAUUCAUAACGCU